AUGGGUCUUUUAGUCUUAGGGACGGCCUUGGAUUGGCCAGACGCCAAAAAGGCCGCGAACCAGGUCCGGGAAUGGGGUAUCGAGCAAUUGCUCGCAAUAUGGCGCAAGGCCAAGGGUAAAGAGCGUGAUGCCCUCCUCUGGGGGGACGAGGUCGAGUACCUCGUUGUUGCGAUCGACGAAGAACAUCAAAAGGUGCGGCUGUCGCUGUGCCAGGCUGAUGUCCUCAAAGCUCUCGCGAAAGAUGAGGCUCUGUCGGAGAAAGACACUGUCGUCCCCGAUUUACAAGAUGGUGUUAUUCGAAGCGGUGCCCUGCCGACCUUCCAUCCUGAGUUCGGUCGCUUCAUGCUCGAAGCGACCCCUGGGAAGCCAUGGGGUAUCGACUUCAAAGAUUUACUCGACGUCGAGUACGACAUGAGGCUCCGGCGUGAAAUUGCUACCAACCAUAUGGAAUCCGAUCAAUUCCCAAUUACACUCACAACAUUUCCUCGCCUUGGAUUGCCCGACUCUAUCAAGCCCGAUUAUCCUCCUUCCGGCCCAGCCUUGCGGUCACAGUUCGUCCCGGAUGAGAUCGCCAACCCUCACAUUCGGUUCCCCACAUUGGCGGCCAACAUCCGCUCACGGAGGGGGAGAAAGGUAGAACUCAACGUCCCUGUUUUCAAGGAUAAAAACACCCCGUCUCCUUUUAACGAUCCAACGGUCAAUUACGACCUGCAUAAAUGGCCCGAAGACGACGACGUCCGCAAUGGCGCUGUCAAGCAGGACUGUGUCUACAUGGAUGCCAUGGCUUUUGGGAUGGGUAGCUGCUGCUUGCAGAUCACGUUUCAGGCGAAGAAUAUCCGUGAAGGACGAACCCUCUACGACCAGCUGUCUCCACUUGGUCCCAUUAUGUUGGCACUGACUGCUGCCACUCCGAUAUACAAGGGCUUCCUGGUUGACACGGACGUCCGAUGGAACCAAAUCUCUCGAGCUGUCGACGACCGCACCGCCGAAGAACUCGGCGAGGUGCCCCUGAAAAACGAUCGGUGGCGAAUACCGAAAUCCCGAUAUGCCAGCAACAGCACAUACAUCGCCGAGGAUCCGCGCCUGCGACCUGAAUAUAUGGACCCUGACCUGGUCGUGAACGAAGAACUGAAACAGAAGCUGCUGGCUGGAGGCAUGGACGAACUUCUAGCGACGCACUUCGCGCACCUCUUCAUUCGCGACCCAAUCGUCAUUUUCGCCGAGGACUUGGAAGCCCUCGAUCCGGAGGGCUCGAACCACUUCGAAAACAUCCAGAGUACGAACUGGCAGCACAUGCGGUUCAAGCCGCCCCCUCCAGACGCGGAUAUCGGCUGGCGCGUCGAGUUCCGGAGCAUGGAGAUCCAAAUCACCGACUUUGAAAACGCGGCCUUCGCCAUUUUUAUCGUUCUCAUCACCCGUGCCAUUUUGAGCUUCGACCUCAACUUCUACAUUCCAAUCCCGCGCACGACGGAGAACAUGGAGACUGCGCACAUCCGGGACGCGGUCAUGACGGAGAAAUUUUGGUUUCGAAAAGACCCGUUUCCGAAGAAGAAACCGUCGCCAGUGUUGAACGGGAUCAGCGAGCCGCCGUCAAGUGGGGUAUCCACACCGCGAGAGCGGCAGCAGGAGACCCCGAACGAGUCAACAGGACGUGCGUCAGCACCAGCAGAGACUGACGAAGCGUCAUUUGGGCCCGUGGAAGAGGAAUACACGCUAAUGACGAUCAACGAGGUCAUCAACGGCGGCGGCGCCGGAUGCGACGGCUUCCCCGGCCUGAUCCCGCUGGUCGAGUCGUACCUGGACAGCGUCAACAUCGACGUCGACACGCGCUGCCACCUGGCUGUGUACUUGGACCUGAUCCGCAAGCGCGCCAACGGCACGCUGUGGACGGCCGCCAAGUGGAUCCGCGAGUUCACCCGCCGCCACCCGGAGUACCAGGGCGACAGCGUUGUCAACGAGAAGAUCGUCUACGACCUGUUUGCCGCCGUGCGCGACAUCGAAGAGAGCCAGGAGAUGGGCAACCGCCGCAAGCAGGGCACCGGUGGCAAGUACGCCACGGGCUGGGAGAUGCUCUCGGCCAAAAAACGGGCGAAGGGGUUGGACGAUAGUUGA